CGCCGGAGUCAAAGCCGGUUCCCGGCCCAGUCCUGUCCCGCAGCAGCCUGCCUCUUCUUUCCUUUCAACAUGACAGAUGCCGCUGUGUCCUUCGCCAAGGACUUCCUGGCAGGUGGAGUGGCCGCAGCCAUCUCCAAGACGGCGGUAGCGCCCAUCGAGCGGGUCAAGCUGCUGCUGCAGGUGCAGCAUGCCAGCAAGCAGAUCACUGCAGAUAAGCAAUACAAAGGCAUUAUAGACUGCGUGGUCCGUAUUCCCAAGGAGCAGGGAGUUCUGUCCUUCUGGCGCGGUAACUUGGCCAAUGUCAUCCGAUACUUCCCCACCCAGGCUCUUAACUUCGCCUUCAAAGAUAAAUACAAGCAGAUCUUCCUGGGUGGUGUGGACAAGAGGACCCAGUUUUGGCGGUACUUUGCAGGGAAUCUGGCAUCGGGUGGUGCCGCAGGGGCCACAUCCCUGUGUUUUGUGUACCCUCUUGAUUUUGCCCGUACCCGUCUAGCAGCUGAUGUGGGUAAAGCUGGAGCUGAAAGGGAAUUCUGAGGCCUCGGUGACUGCCUGGUUAAGAUCUACAAAUCUGAUGGGAUUAAGGGCCUGUACCAAGGCUUUAACGUGUCUGUGCAGGGUAUUAUCAUCUACCGAGCCGCCUACUUCGGUAUCUAUGACACUGCAAAGGGAAUGCUUCCGGAUCCCAAGAACACUCACAUCGUCAUCAGCUGGAUGAUCGCACAGACUGUCACUGCUGUUGCUGGGUUGACUUCCUAUCCAUUUGACACUGUUCGCCGCCGCAUGAUGAUGCAGUCAGGGCGCAAAGGAACUGACAUCGUGUACACAGGCACGCUUGACUGCUGGAGGAAGAUAGCUCGUGAUGAAGGAGGCAAAGCUUUUUUCAAGGGUGCAUGGUCCAAUGUUCUCAGAGGCAUGGGUGGUGCUUUUGUGCUUGUCUUGUAUGAUGAAUUCAAGAAGUACACAUAAGUUAUUUCCUAGGAUUUUUUCCCCUGUGAACAGGCAUGUUAUAUUAUAUAACAUAUCUUGAGCAUUCUUGACAGACUCCUGGCUGUCAAUUUCUCAGUGGCAACUAUUUACUGGUUGAAAAUGGGAAGCAAUAAUAUUCAUCUGACCAGUUUUCUCUUAAAGCCAUUUCCAUGAUGAUGAUGGGACUCAAUUGUAUUUUUUAUUUCAGUCACUCCUGAUAAAUAACAAAUUUGGAGAAAUAAAAAUAUCUAAAAUAAAAAAAAAA